CGUCCUAGCUACUUCCUUCUUCCCGGUUGCUUGGCGAAUCUCUCAGCUCCAGUUCUAUUAUAUAGAUUGAACGCACAUGGACUAUUUCUUCCUCCUCGGCUCCCAUGAUCGCCGAUGGUUUCUCCAACUCGCCGGCAGUGUGCUUGGAUGCGCUUAUAUCUGCACUUGGUGUCCUGCAGCUAACCAAUUGAUCUCCAUGGAGGGAUGGCAACGGGAGGAAGACAAUAGUAUUAAUCCAAGCUCUUCAUCUGGAAUCGUAUCCUCGAGGCUCUUCGCUGCCUACCGGCGAUCGCUCUGCAGCAUUCAGAGAGGUUGUAUUCCUGGCCUUGCCUUCUCCUCUGGACUUAAUUAUCUUGAGAUUAAGGAUGCAGAUAUAAUGAAUUUAGCUGCAUUGAAUGAACAACGCCAAUUCUAUCAGAAAGCGGGGAUAAAGACAGUAGUGUUUUUGGGAUCAGGAAAAGGAGAAGUGGAAAUAGGAAUUUCAACUCCACCAAAUAAUAUGAACAUGGAAAUGAGCAUUCAACAAGUGUUUAGCAAAAUCUUCAUUCAGAAGUCCCUGCUAAAAGAAGAAGAAUGUUUAAUUCAACUCACACCGAACCAUGAAAAGUCUCAUCAUUCUUCAUCCUCCUCCUCGCUUAGAUCUCGAUCUCUGUCGAUCGGAAGCCACGAGAGUCUACUGUUCCAAGCUCCAGCUUCCAGAUAUUGCGAGGAUGAGGCAAUGACAAGGGCGAUGCUUGCUGUUAUUUCUUCGGCUCCAUCUUCUUCCUCACAGCCGCAACAAGGCUAUCCACCAACGGCAUUCAUGGUUUACCACCGCAAUAAUCUAGAUAAAUCAGAGUCGUCGAACAAUUUGGGAGGAGGGCAGAGAAUGAUCAAGGGAGGGAUUGAGAUUUUGAGAAGAGUGAGCGCGACGAGGAUGGAGGCCCAAGCGCAGGAACAGCACCGACCGACGAGCUACCAAUUACACCACAUGAUCUCCGAACGCAAGCGCAGGGAGAAGCUCAAUGAGAACUUUCACGCUCUCAGAUCGCUGCUUCCGACAGGAUCCAAGAAGGACAAGGCAUCUGUGCUCGCGGACACGAAGAACUACUUGAAUUCCCUGCGAGCCCAAAUCGAGGAGCUGGAGGAGAGGAACCAAAUGCUGGAACUGAUGCAAUUUGUCGAGGGGGAAAUCGGCGAGUCAAAUGAGAAAGUAGAGGUUCGAGUAAUCCGAGCUUCUGAAUCCGCAUCACGAGCCUCGGAAUUUAUCAACCUCGAGCUGGUCGUAAUUGUAAGGGAGGAAUGCGAGAUGAUGAACUUGGUCGUUCGCCUACUUGAAUGGUUAAAACAGAGAGAAGCUACACAUUUGGUGGCAAUGGAGGCAAGAACAGCGCCGCAAAGUACCGGUGCGAUUCUCGGAAGAGUCGGCGUUGGACUCCAAUUGAAGGCGAGUGAUUGGGACGAGGAGAGGUUCACGGAAGCUAUGAAACGAGCAGUCAAUGAUGUGAUGUGCUGUUGACGGCGACAGACAGGGCCACUGCUCCCCUUUGACGUUCUAUCAUUUCUGGCCCGCCAUUUUUGACGAUGAAUUAACAAUUUUUUCACAAAAUUUUGUAUUUCUUUUUUAUAAUUUGUUAUCGAUUUAUUUUAUUGAUGAAAAGUGCUUAAACCUCAAGGUUAAACUGUAGGGUUUAAGAUUUAUAAUUUAGGAUUUAAAAUAGAGAGUCUAAGAAGUGAAAAAUAUAUAUAUUAGAAUGUUUAUAGUCAUUAUU